AGCGCUGCCUCCCCUUCCGGCCGCCGCCGCGAUGCCGAUGAAGGGCCGCUUCCCGGUGCGCCGGACCCUGCAGUACCUCAGCCAGGGCGACGUCGUGUUCAAGAGCUCGGUGAAGGUGAUGACCGUGAACUACAACACGGCUGGAGAACUGAGCGAAGGCGCAAGAAAGUUCGUGUUUUUCAACAUCCCCCAGAUCCAGUACAAGAACCCCUGGGUGCAGAUCAUGCUGUUCAGGAACAUGACUCCCUCGCCCUUUCUCCGGUUCUACCUGGACAGUGGAGAACAAGUUGUGGUAGACGUGGAAGAUAAAACCAACAAAGAGAUAACAGAGCACAUUAAAAAAAUCCUGGGGAAAAGCAAAGAAAUACUUGAAAAAGAAGAAAGAGAAAGGAAAAAACUGUCACAUCCAGCAACCUUUGGGCCCAAGAAGUAUCAUCUGCGAGAAUGCAUGUGUGAGAUUGAAGGCCAAGUUCCCUGUCCUGCUUUUGUACCAUUGCCCAAAGAGAUGAGGGGAAAAUACAAAGGUGCCAUGAAAAAUGAGGCAUGAGCCUGACAUUUCAAGAUCUCAAGUCAUGGAGCUAUUUUGCCUCAGGACUGGACAAUGAAGGUGCUUCAGUGAGAGACAAGAGGCAGCAGUUCCUGGGAACAGGAAGAAGCAAGAUCAUUCAAUACAGAGAACUGUGUCAUUAGCCUUCUUAUAACUACAACUAGAAUUAAGUGAAAAAUAAAUAAAAGUUAAAACUGGCACCAAAAAAA